CCCAGCCCCCCCCUGCUUUCUUCAACUUUGGCGGCUUUGUGGGAAAUAUGGCGGAAUUUUUGAAAGGUUGCGCUGUGCCCUGUAAGAUGUCUUUCGAGACAUUGGAAUCUGUGUGUCGUCAGAAGGGCUACAUGUGUGAGGAGCUGGGUGUGACCAGAGCCAACAUCAAUGAGUACGAAGUGGAGUUCCUGUGUGAUUACAAGAAAGUAAAUGUAAGUUUUAUGUCAAACUCCUGUGAUUUAUAUGUCAAAACAAUCUACUUACAGAUGUGUAACUCUGACUUAAAACUGUUUCAGGAUGAUGAGUUCUACUUGGUAAAAUGGAGGGGGUUUCCAGAGAAUGUUAACACUUGGGAACCCAAGAGGAACCUCAAGUGUUCCAAGUUGAUGAAGCAGUUCCAUCAAGAUUUGGACCAUAUUCUUCGACUCAAGAAACGACGACGGAGCAUUCCUAAAAAGCUGAGCAAAGAUAUUUCCUCCAUCCUUGUUCAGAAAGCCAGACUUCGAGUUAGCCUGCAGCACUGGGAGGCCCAUUUGAACCACUCUCGGAACCAUCCAGGCAACAUCUUUGUCAUCAAUGAGGUGGAUUAUGAAGGCCCUCCAAAAGACUUCACAUACAUUAACAACUACAAAGUCAGCAAUGGAAUUGUGUUGAAUGGGAUAUCAGUGGGUUGUGAGUGCACAAACUGUCUGAAGGAGCCAGUCAAUGGCUGCUGCCCUGGUGCCUCCCAGCAUCGCAUGGCCUACAACGACAAGGGCCAAGUCCGGCUGCGUCCUGGGCAGCCAAUAUACGAGUGCAACGCCGAGUGCCGCUGUGAUGCAAGCUGUCCUAACAGAGUGGUGCAGAAGGGCAUCCAGUUUGACUUGUGCAUCUUCAAGACCGACAACGGUCGAGGAUGGGGAGUUCGCACACUGCAGCAUAUCAGGAAGAACACGUUUGUCAUGGAAUAUGUUGGUGAGAUCAUUACAUCAGACGAAGCGGAGAGGAGGGGUCAUGUGUAUGACAAACAAGGCUCGACGUACCUGUUUGACCUGGACUAUGUGGAGGACGUGUACACUGUGGACGCGGCUCACCAAGGAAACAUCUCCCACUUCGUCAACCACAGUUGCAACCCAAACCUGCAGGUAUUCAACGUGUUCAUUGACAACAUUGAUGAGCGGCUGCCAAGAAUCGCCCUCUUUUCCACCCGGGCUAUCCGGGCUGGUGAGGAGCUCACCUUUGACUACAAGAUGCAGAUCGAUCCAGUGGACACAGAGAGCACCAAGAUGGACUCCAGCUUCAUCCUGGGGGGACUCCCGGGUUCUCCUAAAAAGAAGGGUCGAGUGGAAUGCCGGUGUGGUUCACAGACAUGCCGAAAAUACUUGUUUUAAGAUGCGUGGUCAGAAAACCUGGCAUCUGGAUCCCAACGGCCAUGAAAUGUGACAGGCUGACCUCUGACCAUUUCUUUCUCCUUGUCAGAUUUGUAGAACUUGUAUAUGCAACUUUUUUAUACUUUCUUACUGAGAUGUUUUACCCUUCCGACUCAUGUUCAUACUACUUUCAUCCUUCAUUGUUCAUUCUUUGUUGACAGUUGUGGGGCGGUGCUCAUCGGAAUACAUCUGGUUCAUGGCCACAUUGUUGGAGAAGAAUUUUAGUGAAAACCAAAUAAAUUUUUAUUCACAU